GGCCCGCCCCGCCGCUCCCCUCAGGCGAGGCCGGGCCGGCUCCGCUCGUGUGGCGGGGCCAGGCAAGCAGUCCCUUAGUCAGUCAGGCAGUGACCGGGGUGCUGCCGGCUUCCCUCUUUCCCUCCUUCCAUCCUUCCCGCCGAGCGCUUUGGGCUUUCCCUCCCCUUGUUCCCCGCGCUGCCGGGCGGGGAGAGCCGCCCCGCCGAGAUACUGUGAAUAAGGACACUGAACCCAAAGAUCCAUAUCUCAUUCCAAGAAAGAUUAUGGCUGAACCAGACUACAUAGACGAUGACAAUCCUGAAUUAAUUAGACCUCAGAAAUUAAUUAAUCCUGUGAAAUCAUCCCGGAAUCAUCAAGAUCUCCAUAGAGAACUACUUAUGAAUCAGAAAAGGGGUCUUGCACCUCAGAACAAACCAGAGCUACAGAAGGUGAUGGAGAAAAGGAAACGAGAUCAAGUAAUUAAACAACAAAAAGAAGAGGAAGCACAAAAGAAGAAAUCAGACCUAGAAAUAGAGCUACUGAAACGGCAGCAGAAACUGGAGCAGCUGGAACUGGAGCAACAGAAGAUACAGGAAGAACAGGAAAAUGAACCUGAAUUUGUCAAAGUCAAGGGCAACUUGAGGAGGACGGUCCAGGAAGCAACAGAAGCACCAGACUCCUAGAGUCAGUACCUGCUAAGACUUCCAGCUUUCCUGCAGAGAGAGGCUUUUGCAAGUUGUCUCAGAUUUUCCCUCAAGAGGGAAAAUAACAGCAUCCAGCUGAAGAUCACAUUUUAAAUUCCUGGGAUGUGUGGAUUCAAAAGACAGAACCAUAAAGAGAUCGACUUGCCAAAUGCUGUCCUGAGAUCAAUGGUUAAGGAGUCUGUCUGUCAGUUCAGUGUCAUGGACCAGUCUGAUGUGCUUACUCAGAGAUUUUAACCAGGGAUACUACAGAAACUCCUUCAGUGUUGCACUGCUUUAUCUCUUGUGAUUCUAGUUUAGUAGAGAUAAGUAGAUUAUAUUUUGCUUUAAACCAGAACAAAAAUCCUCCUGUGAUAUCUUACGAAGCUUUGCUGUGCAGGUAAAUUUCCUUCAUCUAGACCUACAGCCUGUGUAUAUCCCACAGUAAUUUGUGUUGGACUCUUUAUCAAAUCUGGGAGGAUAGAAAAUUUGUUGAUCACUGCUGCCCAUCCCACUGGGAUAGGCAGGUGUGGGCAAACUGAAAAUGCUUAAAUUUCACCAGCAGUGAACAGUUGAGCAGCCUUAAUUCCUAGUUAAUUCUACCUGCUUAGCAUGUAGAAUUUGGGCUAUGGAAAGAGUUGAAAUCUGAUGAUCCUUUUACCAGGGAGCUUCCAGAAUCUGAUUUAUCUCUGUCCCUGAACUUACACUGUUGUGUACAGACCUGUGCAGUGCUACCUGUGAAUCUACUUUUCAAUGCAAGAGUACCUGUCUUCUACUUUUUGUAUUUUGAAAUCUUACUUUGCUGUUGUGGCCUUUUUCCUCCAAGGACAUGCUCAUAUGAGUACAGUGUUAACACAAUAAUUUGUAGUGUUUAAACUCAUGUGCUGGGACUAAAAUCAGGAAUCUGAUCAGCCAUCAAUUCCUGCUCUUUGCUUGCAGGAACUUGUUGCAGUAUUUAAAUCAGGCCAAACUGUUAAUAGGAAUCUACUGAAAUGGAAUUUUUUUUAAUAAAAUGAAAUUAAUUUUAUCCCAGCCUUCUUUUAGCCUCAAGAAAGGAGGGGAGUGUGUUACCACUGAGUCUCAGGGUCCAAUUCUGUCACAUUUCUGCCUUUCCACAAGUUGCCCCAAUGACAUUAAAUAAAAUCUUGCUCAGCUUGCAUAGGGGUGGCAGAAUCUGAUCCUUCAUGCUUAUGACUACUAGUUACCCAGGAAAGCCUGGGAUGAGAGGGGGGAACAGAUGACUCAUGUAGGAUUAUAGAUUUGGAUUCUUGGUGUGAAUAGGUGCAGAUAUCUUCAGAACCUGGGGGGGAAAGCCUCAUCUUCCUUGGUCAGCACAGUCCUAGCUCUCACUGCAGACAUUCAUCUCUCUCAGCUGAGGAUCUAACCCUAGUCUUUGCCUUAGGAUGCUAAACAAAAGAAUUUCUACUUUGUAAUUAUUUUGGACAUAGGGGUUUGAGAACACUUUUUACUAAUAUCCACAGUGGUGUGUUUGUGUUCUAAUGAUGGUGGGGGAGGGUUUGCUGGGGAUGUUUUUUUGCCUUUCCUGUAAGUAUUGGACUUCUAAAAUACAGUUUCAGCGUAGCGCUUGGGACAAAAUGCUCACAAUUACAAAUGUUUCCUAGAUACAGACUUCAGUUUGUCAAGAUCCAGGCAUUUUUUAUGAGAACAUAAUCAGAUUGAGAGUAAAUUGAAUUGCAAUAAGUGUAUUGCCAUUGAUUUAGACUUGCAGUGUGACUCACGUCUAGAAGAUUAAAUGUGAAGAUGGUCUACCAGACUGUUCAGAUUAUGGACAUACUGUAGACAAAGGCCAAAUGUAAGACUCUUCCAUUUAUUUUCUCAAAAAAGGGACAACCUGAGUGCUGCAGGUUCUUCCUCCUUCCUUUCUACUGGAAGAUCUUCCUUUCUGGCAGCACAUUAUUCAAACACUUGCACUGUGUUUGUUUCACGUUGUUGAGACAGCAUCAUACAUGAGCCUUCUACACCACACUCAUGUUUUAUCUCAGUGGCCUCCAGCCUACCAAACUUUGUUCCUCCUGGUUUCCUCUCCACAGCUAGCAUUCUGCUCACCAUGGAAAUGCCUAGAAGCUGGUGAAGAAACCCUCCCCAGGCUUGAGCAAACCAUUUCUUUUCAGCCAUUUCCCUUCUGUGAGCAUGUCAAUCCUACCAUGCAUGCUCAGUGAAAUGAAGAAGUUGGUGUCAUCCAGAUGGCACUGGAGCUGGUGAGGGAUGAGGACUGCUCUUUGGCUUCAGUGAGUGUGUUGAAUUGGGCCCUUCAAGGCUGAAGGCAUUCUGUGUUCUCUCCAUGUUUGUGAUUCAGGGGUUUCUCUUUCUGAAUCACAGGAGGUCAGAAAACUCCCUUGUACAUACAGCAUGAAGUAGUUUUUUGUUUUCAGUUGGAAUUCAUUCUCUGUGUGAACAUAACAUCAAUAUGUGUGUCAGAAAAUCUUUCAGUUCUGCUGGCCCUUUAGUCUAGGAAUCCCAGCCACCUUCAUAUUGAUUUAAGAGGCAAAAGCUUGUCUUUAAAGUAAGGAUUGGUCUGCAAUGUGUAACCCUUAAAUGUGUGGUCAGCUGGUCACACCACAAGUGUCUUGUGUGGCUACUCAAGUAAGAAACUGCUUGCCAGUGAGCAUAAGUGAAUCCUGAUCUGUCCUUCAGCUAGCUGGGUUUUGAAGCAGUCUGGCAAAUACUUCAGUGAUUUGAAAAUGGCUCACUUACCACUUUGUACUUUUUAAAAACUCUUACUUUUGAUAGUAUAGUAGUAAUUUUUUAAGCAUUUUUGUGGCUUUAGCCUUCUGUUAAUAUCUGCACUUGUUGGAGUGUACAUAUAUAAAUAUAUAUAAAUAUUAAAAGGGAGCCUUAAUGGAUUUGUUUUCAUAAUUUAAUAUUUUUUGUAUUUGCUCUUGUAUAAUUGUUUUUAACUGAAAGUAUUACGAGAAUGAGGGUGGAAUACUUAGAACCAAAGUUAUGCUUAAUAAAAUCUACUACAUGCUUGGUGUA